CGUGGUGACGUCAGAGUGUAAACAUCCAAGAUGGCGGAGCAGGAGGCGCUGCGGAGACAGAUCGAGCUGCUUCAGAACCUGAUCGACCGGCACAAGAGUCUCCAUGGAAAUGCUCCGGUCCAGGACCGGACCAGGACUGGACCCGGGACUGGACCCGGGACUGGACCCGGGACUGGGCCCGGCACUGGACCAAGGACUGGACCCAGGACCGGACCCGGGUCUGAACCCACAGUCCAGACCAGACCUGCUCUCAGCUCUGAAACCAGCUGCAAAGGAGCUCAGGGCUCGUCUCUCUCUGGGACCUGGAGGAAAACAUAUUCUCUCAAAAACAACACGUCACAAACUCUGAGGACGAAAACCACCAAACCACCGGCCAAUCAGAGCGCAGGACCGGCCAAUCAGAGCGCAGGACCGGCCAAUCAGAGCGCAGGACCGGCCAAUCAGAGGGCAGGACCGGCCAAUCAGAGGGCAGGACCGGCCAAUCAGAGGGCAGGACCGGCCAAUCAGAGGGCAGGACCGGCCAAUCAGAGGGCAGGACCGGCCAAUCACAGCGCAGGACCGGCCAAUCAGAGCGCAGGACCGGCCAAUCAGAGCGCAGGACCGGCCAAUCAGAGGGCAGGACCGGCCAAUCAGAGCACAUCAGAGCACUCUCUUCCUGUCUCUGCUCCUGUCUCUGCUCCUGUCUCUGCUCCUCUCUCUGCUCCUGCCUCUGCUCCUGUCCCUGCUCCUCUCUCUGCUCCUGUCCCUGCUCCUCUCUCUGCUCCUGUCCCUGCUCCUCUCUCUGCUCCUGUCCCUGCUCCUCUCUCUGCUCCUCUCUCUGCUCCUCACUCUGCUCCUCUCUCUGCUCCUGUCCCUGCUCCUCUCUCUGCCCCUGUCUCUGCUCCUCUCUCUGCUCCUCUCUCUGCCCUUGAAAGUCUUUAUUCACUUUCAAAUCUGGCGUCACUUAAAUCCACAGUUUCAGCUCAAAAGCUUCAGAAACAGAAUCUUUCUGUAAAACCUGUGACUUUAAAACCUGUGACUUUAAAACCUGCACCAAUCUCCACGACCAAGAACGUUUCCUCAGAACCUCCUGAAGCCUUCACUGCUCCUCCAAAGAAGCAGAGUCUGAAGAGACUCAAGACUCUUAGUCCUGGGUCAGUCCGGACCCUGGACCGGACCCUGGACCGGACCCUGGACCGGACCCUGGACCGGACCCUGGACCGGACCCUGGACCGGACCCUGGACCGGACCCUGGACCGGUCAAGAUUCACGUGGGUUGGGGCAAGUUCUCGGGGGCCCAGAGGGAGUGCGGGUGUGGCGGGUGUGGCGGGUGUGGCGGGUGAGGAGGAGGAGUCAGGAGACAAUGGCUCUGGACCAAUCAAACGCAGCCGUGUGAGCGCGCUCAGUAAGACCUCCUCCAGGUACCAGUGGGUCUCCCGAGUCCAGAAUCCCGGCUCUGGACCCAAGGCCGGUCCCAAAGGGCGCAGCAGGUUCAAGUGGAGCGCCCCUCAGAGUUCAGAGGUCACCGCGCGGUCAGCCUCUGUCGGCAUGGAAACAGGAACUGCUUUUAAGCUCCGCAGCCGCACCAAGAUUGUCCGAAAAACCAGCCCAAGUCCCCCUGAAGUCCGGACUCCCCCGGGACCUAAACCUGGACUUCGGCCCAGGCCUGGACCCGGCCGGACUCUGGUCUCCAGGCACAAACUGAGGCGGAUCAGCCCCGGACCCUCCAGAGCCAAGGAGCUGGUGUCAGUGUCCAAGCACAAGCUACGGAGGUUAAGUCCCGGUGUGAACAGCUGCAAGGUCCCAUCCAGAACUGAGACCUCGUCCAGUCCACAGUCUGGACCGGCCAAGUCCAGAGCCAAGGACCUGGUGUCAGUGUCCAGGCACAAACUGAGAAGGAUCAGCCCGGGACUCUCCAAACCCCAGUCCAGAAGUAGCCCCAGAACCAGCCCCAGGAGUCCAGAGACCAGGACCGGGACUGUGUCAGCUGUGACCCCGGUGACCCUCAGGAGCAGGUUCAAGAUGGACAAUAGGAACGCACACCUGAGCUGGAGGAGCCGGAGAGUCCAGUCUGCCAGGACUUUCCUUCAGAGCAGGCUCCGCUCUUCCCCCUCGAGUCCUGCCCUCCCCUCCCCCCUCACACGUGCCUCCACAGCGCCAUCUAUGUGCUGGAUCAGAGGCUCUCUUUACAGAGUCUCCGCUAACAGACUGUCCCGAGCCCCGCCCCCUCGCAGGUCUGCAGGCCCCGCCCCUCUCUCACCUGCUAGCUCCGCCUCUAGACACCUGGCCAGGUGCGCCCUCCUCCGCAGCCUGUCGGUGGCCCGCUCCUGUCGCUCCAGUCGCUCAUCGGGGCAGAGACAGUUCUGUAUGUUUUAUAAUCGCUUUGGACGCUGCAAUAGAGGCGCCCAGUGUCCCUUUGUCCAUGACCCAGAGAAGGUGGCCGUGUGCACCAGGUUCCUGAAGGGUCGCUGCAAACAGGGAGAAAGCUGUCCUUUCUCUCACAAGGUCUCCAAGGACAAGAUGCCCGUGUGCUUCUUCUUCUUGAGGGGGAGAUGUUCAAACCCUGAGUGUCCGUACAGUCACGUCUACGUGUCCAAGAACGCCAAGGUCUGUGACGACUUUCUGCGAGGAUACUGCCCCCUGGGCCAGAAGUGUAAGAAAAAGCACACUCUGGUUUGUCCGGACAAAAACUGUUCCCGUGGCGACGACUGUAAACUGCAGCACCAGCGGCCAAUCAGACGCAGCGCAGCCAAGAGGCCCCGCCCACACAUCAAAAGAAGCAAACCACAGUCUCCAGUGACUCCAGACUCUGCUCCAGAGUCCGGUCCUGGUCCCGGUCCUGGUCCUGGUCCCGGUCCCGGUCCUGGUCCUGGUCCUGGUCCCGGUCCUGGUCCCGGGCCUGGUCUGGCCCCUGGACCUCUUCAGAAACUGCCGUCCUUCAUCUCUCUGUGUACUCGAGAGGACCCUGACACUCCUCCAGGGGGCACUGUGGUCAGCCGAGGUCGGACUCUUCAGAUCAAGCCUCGCUUUGAAAACCUGAACAGCUGAAAGACUUUGGUUUUGUGC